UCCGGGUCCGCUGCCCGCAUCUCUACGCCGAGCGGGGUCGGGGACAGAGCUGCACCUACCGGGAUCUGCGACUCGAGCGGCGGUGCAGCCAGCGGAGACAACAUCCCAGCCCGGACGGCGCCCUGGGUCCACCGGCGCGAAGGGUCGGAGCGGAACCGGGAAGGCGGGAGGCGCCCCGCCGACUCGACAGCGCGUCGCAGCUCCUCGGGCUCGCUCCCUCCCCGCUCUCGGGAAAAACUGAGGCAACAACUCCGUUCCGGAGGCCGCGAGGACUGUGAAGACGCCGCCAGAAUCCUCGGCAGCCUGGAAAUCCCAUCACCUUGGUUCCCUGAGACUCGGAGCAGGAACUGACAGCUGGCUGACAGAAAACGCAUCCAAGGAGAGAAAAGACAUAAGUGCAGUAUGAAAUUUUGAAUAACAUUUUCAGGUAUUGAUUCUGACUUUUGAAGAUGGAUGAAUGUGUAGAAAUUUCCAGUGAUGGAAAUUCCCUAAUUAAAGCGGUCCAUCAGAGCCGGCUUCGCCUUACAAGACUCUUGUUGGAAGGCGGCGCCUACAUCAAUGAGAGCAAUGACCGUGGGGAAACACCUUUAAUGAUUGCUUGUAAGACCAAACAUGUUGAUCACCAGAGUGUCAGUAAAGCCAAAAUGGUUAAGUACCUAUUAGAAAACAAUGCUGAUCCCAACAUACAGGACAAAUCUGGGAAAACUGCCUUAAUGCAUGCUUGCUUAGAAAAAGCUGGUCCUGAAGUUGUUUCGUUGCUCCUAAAGAGCGGGGCUGACCUCAGCUUGCAAGAUCAUUCUAGUUCCUCGGCCCUGGUUUAUGCUAUAAAUUCAGAAGAUAGAGAGACCCUGAAAGUUCUCCUUAGUGCUUGCAAGGCAAAGGGGAAAGAGGUCAUUAUCAUAACGACAGCAAAAUCACCCUCUGGCAGGCACACCACCAAACAGUACUUAAAUAUGCCUCCUGGGGGUAUGGAUGGGUGUCAUACUCCAGCCACCUGUGCCACUCCUUCAGAAAUAGACUUAAAAACAGCCUCAUCACCACUUUCACAUUCUUCUGAAACUGAAACGACACUUUUUGGCUUUAAAGAUCUGGAGCCUGCAGGAAGCAGUGAUGAUACUGGGGAUCGAGGCUCCCCUGUGAGGAAGCCUGCUCUAACCGCUAAUGGGCCCAAGCUCCCUCAGGCUCCUCACUGGAUCAGGAGUCCUCCUUUAUUAAUGCACAGAGUGGCCUCCUUACAAGAGGAGCUUCAGGAUAUUACUCCAGAGGAAGAAUUAUCUUACAAAGCCAACCGGCUGGCACUUUCCAAGCGAUUCAUUACUAGGCACCAAAGUAUUGAUGUAAAAGACACUGCGCAUUUGCUAAGAGCCUUUGAUCAGGCCAGCUCAAGAAAGAUGUCAUUUGAUGAAGUAAAUCAUCAGUCAUUUUUUUCGGAAGGAAAUCAGCAAUGCAUUGACAUCCCAGUGGAUCAGGACCCAGACUCUAACCAGACAAUAUUUGCUUCCACCCUAAGAAGUAUAGUUCAAAAAAGAAACUCAGGAGCAAAUCACUACAGCUCUGAUUCCCAGCUCUCAUCUGGUCUUACCCCUGCAGCUUCAGACGAAGGCAAAGCACUUAUAGGAAAGAAAAAGAUUCUCUCGCCAUCUUCUUCCUUGUUGUCAGGGUCCAAAGAAUUGCUGGAGAAUAUCCCCCCAGGUCCCCUGAGCAGGAGAACUCAUGCCCUUUUAGAAAGGCGUGGUUCAGGAGCUUUCCCUUUAGAUCACAACAGUUCACAAACCAGACCAGGAUUCCUGCCACCCUUAAAUGUGAACCCUCACCCUCCCAUAUCAGAUAUCAAUGUCAGCAACAAGAUUUCCAGCCUUCUUUCUUGUGGUCAAAAAGUGCUUAUGCCAACAGUUCCUAUUUUCCCCAAAGAAUUCAAAAGUAAAAAGAUGCUGUUAAGGAGACAAUCAUUGCAAACAGAACAAAUUAAGCAGUUAGUUAAUUUUUAAGACAUGGCUAGAAAAUACAUUUUUGUUCACAUUUUAUCAGAGAAAUACGGAACUGGAAGAUUCAAAUGUUCAUCCUUUUAAAACUUUUAAUUGGAUAGUUCAUAAUAGUUAGGGGUUAUCAAAAUGUACUGUGUACCAUCAUACUAUGCACUGUAGAUAUACAAAUAAUAGAUAAUUUUUGAAAAGAGAUUCUCUCAAAUAAAAUUAAACCAAUUUUUUUUAAAAACCUUCCAUAGUAAACAAACUUUAUGUGGUCCAAGUUUUUAAUUUAAACAAAAAUAAGCAAAACAAAGAAGGUUACAUAUGUUGGAGAUAACUUAAGAGUUUUCAAUUUUGCCAAAAUUUUACUAGGAAACAUUGUGUUCAAAUCAGUAAUUUUUUAAAAAGCAUUUCAAGAUUGUAAUUUGCCAUGAUGCCAACAUCAUAAAAGAAAACAUUAACAGCUAUAAAGUGUUCUAUGAUCAAUAAGCCUAAGCUACAAAGAAAGAAUGAACUAAUUCCUGAAAAAUCUUAACUCCAGGUAGGUGACAAUCUAAUUAAUAUUUUUAAUGGUCAACCAAAUAGUAGACAAGGCAGCUAAUAUGUGUUGUCAGCUUAAUCAGUGUCAAAAUGGCAGAUCUGAGUUUUAUAAGCUAGUUAUAAUCUAUGCCAAAUGUUUGUGUGUUAUUUUUUGCUUUGCCUUUUUUUUAAAUAGGAUCUUUUCUGCUUUUUAUUCUAUUUCCCAAGAGCAAAUAUAGUAAGACUAAAGCAAGAAUAAAAUACAUUUAAAAUACAUAAAAUAUUAGAGGCAGUGAAAAGAAAUUAUAACAACAAAAACGUUAGUUUGUUGCUUGACAUUGUGACAGAGUUUACUGAAACUUCUUCCAGAUACUAAGCUUCUGCAGUAUUGAAUUUAUAGGAUUAUUAGUCAAAGGAACAUUUCUGUUCAUUUGCUGUUGACAGAACAUUUUUUCUUAUUUCAUAUUAUGGACAUUUUCAAUCACACAAAAGUAGAAUAGUUCAAUGAGCCUUCAUAUGUACAGUGUAAUAGAGUAUUGAUUUUUUUAAAACAUGAAGGCAUUUUGGAAUAAUAUUAACUCUUUAGUCCAUAAACUCAAUGUGGAUCCAGAUUUUUUUUUUAUCCUCAUAUAAUGUCCUUUAUGUAUCUUUAUGACAUUUGUUUUAAAGUCUGUUUUUUCUGAAAUGAGUAUUGCUGCCUCCAAUUUCUUGUCAUUUCCGUUUGCAAGAAAUAUCUUUUUUCCAUCCCCUUACUUUAAAUUUAUGUGUGUCCUUCCCCCCAGACGGGUCAUUUGUAGGCAGCAUAUUGAAAGCUCUUGUUUUCUUAUCCUAUCAACCACUCUGCAUCUUUCAAUUGGAGCAUUUAAUCCAUGGACAUUUAAGGUCAUUACUGAUAGGUGUGUAUUUAUUGCCUUUGUAAACCUUGUUUUCCAGGUAAUUUUUUGUUUCUUCUUUGUUCCUUUUUAAAAAUAUUUGUUUUUCCUUUUGUAGUUUGAUGAGUUUCAUCUUUGUGUGCUGAUGUUCUCUUCUUUUUGGUGUUUGUGAAUCUGAUGAAUGUUUCUGAUAUGUGUUUCUCCAGUGUGUUAAUCCACUGCUUUAUCUACUUGCAGUUCGGUUACCUAUUACUAUAUCUUAGUGCAGUGCCGUUCAGUUCAGUGUGCACAUGCUUAGUCACGUCCAACUCUGCAAUCCCAGGGGCUGUAGCCCACCAGACUCCUCUGUCCAUGGAAUUUUCCAGGCAAAACUACUCGAGUGAGUUUUUGCCCUUUUUUUUUUAAUGUUAUUUUAUGGAAUUCUUUCUCUGUAUCUUUUCAUCCCCGUUAUUGUUUUUUGAAGCUUAGUCGUAGAUUCCCAAUGACAAGAUAAUACAACUGUUAAAAACAUUUCUUGUUUUCUUUUAUCAAACUAUAUUCUUGUCUUUCUAAAGAUAACCAAAAAAAAAAAAAGUUUGGGAUUUAUCACAAGAGAAACUAAAUGCUUGCUUUGUUGUAAAAAAGAAAAACUGAUUAUUAGAUUAUAUUAGGUUAGCUAAAAUACAGAAAGCCAGUAGAAAUUUAAUUACAAAAUGUAUUAAGUAUUUGGUCAAUAUUAAAGAAUAUCUUUUUAUUUCUGAGAUAUAAUUAUUAGAUAUUUAUAUAAUUAGAAUAAUAAGGGUAAUUUCCUUAGUGUGACAUUCUAAUCAUCUAGUAUUUAGGACCUGUGAAUAAUUUCUAACAAAAUAAAUGAAUGUGAUGCUACUAUCAUAAAAUAUUAUGGAUAUAUUAGCUACAUGAUUUCAAAAUAUGGUGUCUAUACAGAGUCCUUAUUUCAAGUUAGCAAUUUUACAACAAAGAGUAAAUCAAACUAUACAGAACCUAAAAAUAUUAAAGUGUAUUAAUUUGAGGUCCUAGCAAUUGACAUGAUGCUUUUCUUUAUAACUUGAUAUAAGCAAGUUGUAUAACAUAGUAAUUAAUUUCUUGUGGCUUUUAUUUGAAAAAUAAAUGGAAACUGGAAGUUUUCCAUUUAAUAUUUUGAAAAACAUUAAUAUUAAUUGCAUUAAAAGUAUUUUUUGGUUCAGAACUUAGAAUCGUGCCUGAUGUUUAUAGGUAACUCAACCCUUUUUGGAAGUUUUAAUACUGAGAAAAGUUCUUGGCUUUAAGUUGUAAGAAUACAGUUUGGAAGAAUAUGUAGUUUGAUUAGUUCAUAACCAAAAUGAUAUCAAUAAAGAUUUAAAUGUC